AUGAGUAGGUUUUCAAACAUUUCAUGUUUCCAAACUACAUUUCAAGCUACUGGUGGCAGAAUUGGAACCCCUGGCCCAAGGUUCAAGUGGAAUACAACCAAAUCAAGAAUCUUUUUCACGUUAGGAGUGAUGUUUGUGGUUAUUGUCAGUACUCUACAUAUCCAAAAACACCUUCCUGAGAAGAUUUCCCCAGAUUUGGUUAAAAGGUCUGAAUCUUUAAGAUUACCUUCGAGAUUGAUUGCCAACAGUAUUCUGUCCGCUAGCACGUCCGACCAAAGGCAGAUUUUCCAAGUUUCUUAUCCUAACGUUGCUGGUAACUAUGGUUCGGCUGUAGCUAGCCAAACCCUUCUCACUCAUACAUUUGGUAACAGUUGGGGAACUCCUGCUACCGUUCCUUACACCCCACCAAAUGCUAACUUCAACAAAAUCGUUCUUACAUUGAACACGACUUGCCUGGGUGUUCAGUAUGAUCGUUUGGCCCAUCUCUUCCUCGGUGGUGUGCCUAUUUGGAGAACUUCUACAAUGGAACCAGGUGGUGCUUCUGUCUUAUCAACCUUCUCCAAAGACGUCAGCUUAUAUGAUUCUGUGUUCCAGGCUGGAGGCGAGUUGUUAUUCAAGCUUGACAAUAUCUUGAACGGGGAUGUGAAUGGAAGUUUUGAUGUGAUUUUAACGGCGAGCUACUAUCAUGUUGAUUCUGAAACCCCCACCCCAGGAAUAGCAGGGAUCUUAGACGAUACAGCCGCACCCAGAGUAUUUAGCUUGACGGAAGAUCCGCUUUAUGACUUGGCCAAUGAUUCCUUGAACAUUUCAUUACCAGCAGUCAACUCCAAUACCACAAGAAUGAAGUUAAUGGUGUUCACCUCUGGUAAUGGUGAUGAAGAAUUUUGGUACACAAACCUGCUAAACGCCAAUGUUCAGAAAUACUCUUCACUUGGUCUACGUGGCCAUGGACCUAUCAGAACGGUGUUCGUGAAGUAUAACGGUGCAGUAAUAGCUAAUGUCCUUCCUCAACCAGUGAUUUUCACCGGAGGUAUAUCCCCGGCUUUGUGGUCACCUAUGGUUUCUGUGUCAGCAUUUGAUCUUCUACCGAUCGAAAUAGAUUUAACAGCUUUGAUCCCAGGACUUCAACCGUCUGACCAAAUAGAGAUCUCUGUGGGUAACGGGGACAUAGAAGAUGGUCAGAUUGGAGGUGAAUGGAUCACAGCCGCCAACUUAUUGGUAUGGGAAAAUUCUCUAGUUAAGUCAACUGGUGGUAAAUCCGUACAACAAACUUUCAAUCAGAAGCCCAUUGUUGACAAUGAAGAUCAAGAUGGAUUGAACCAAACAAUAACUUACCAAACAGCCGCUCAAAUGUCUUCUACAAUUACUUACAAAUUGAUCAAUGGUACACAAAUCGAGGUGUUUGUGUCAUAUGACACAAAAGGAUCAACUUUUAAUUCCCAAUUUUAUUCUUCCAGUGGAGGUACACAAUUGAUGUCACAAAGUUCAGACUUCACCAAACAUUUAACAAUAGUAGGAAAAAAUGGCGAAUCUAUCGUUGAUGUUAAGAGUCAAUACCAUUAUCCUGUGACAGUCAAUGCAGUGUACACUGGAGAUAACAAUGAUCUUACUUUGAAUCUUAAUGUCGCUAAUGGUUAUACACUUAGUGUAGAUACACCUUCUUCUAAUAUCAUGAAAUUAGAGGAUAUACAAAACGGAACCUCAAUAUUUGUUCAAUCUUCUUCAGGGAACCAUGGAACAGGGAAUAACGAAGACACUUACAGUUUGGUUGAUAAUGUUGGUAAAGUUAAUUAUUACAGACACGUGAAGGUCAAUAGUAAUGGGACCUAUGAGUAUGAUGAGAGCUAUGGUGGUUAA